AUGACUGUAUUACCUUCAACAAAAAUUGCAUUCUGCCUUUGUUCAGUUCCAUUAGUUCUCGUGGGAGUGGUGGUGUUUGUAGUGACCGGGAUCACUGGUGACCCGCUGUAUGAAUGCCUUCAAGACACAGACUACAGCGAGCUCCUAGAUAUUGUGGAUAAAGGGCUCCCUGCUGCAAAGACACCUCAACAUGUUGCAAUUAUUGGUGGGGGCAUUGCAGGGCUAACUGCUGCCAAGUUUUUGAAAGACGCCGGCCAUAAGGUGACCAUAAUAGAAGCCAGUCACCGGAUAGGAGGACGUGUUGAGACCUUCAGGAACACAAGGGAAGGCUGGUAUGCAGAAGUGGGCGCCAUGCGGAUCCCCAGCUUUCAUAAGAUUCUGCUAUCCUUUGCCUCCAAAUUACAAAUUCCUUUGAAUCGUUUUAUCCAAGAUGACUUGAACACCUAUUUUUUGCUAAAUGGAAAACUUCAUAAAAACUUUGCAGUGGAAAACAACUAUGAUGUGCUCAACUACACACUGAAUGAAAAAGAGAGGGGGAAGUCGGCUGCACAACUCUUCAGUGAGACUCUGUGGAAGGUUCGAGAUGAUCUUGAGACAAGUGGCUGCAAUGCAAUGUUGGACAAGUAUGACUCCUACACAGUCAAAGAAUACUUGGUGAAAGAGGGUAAUCUGAGUCGUGGUGCUCUGCGGAUGAUCGGAGACAUCCUAAAUGAAAACAGCCUCUUUUACACAUCCAUGCUUGAGAUGUUAUAUGUUCAGUCGGACAUCAAUGACAACACUGAGUACUUUGAAGUGAUUGAUGGCUUUGACCGUCUCACAACAGCUUUCUACAGUAUGUUGAAUGCCACAACCUUCCUCAAUUCAAAAGUAAAACUCAUCAACCAACUAGGAGGCAGAAAUGUGACAGUAACAUACCAGGACCAGCGUACUCCAGGUUCUCUGACAAACCUGACGGUGGACUAUGCUCUGGUCACAGCCACAGCCAAAGCUACACUCUUCAUUGACUUCCAGCCACCGCUUUCUGGGGACAAAAUGGAAGCCCUGCGCUCAGUUCACUACGCAAGCUCAACUAAAGUCAUACUCAGUUUUAGGGAACGCUUUUGGGAGAAAGAGGGUAUCAGGGGAGGGAAGAGCAUUACAGACCGACCAUCUCGCUUUAUUUAUUACCCCAGCCACAGUUUCCCAGGAACAGAUGCAGGGGCCCUGCUCGCAUCGUACACUUGCUCUGAUGACUCCACACUCUUUCAAGGUGUGAGCGAAGAGGAGCUGAUGGCUGUGGUCCUGGACGAUUUGGUUAAGAUCCACGGCGAGGAUAUCAAGUCUUCAUUUACUGGUGGACUGGUGAAGAAGUGGGGCUUGGACCCUUACAGCCUGGGAGCCUUUGCCCUGUUCACACCAUAUCAAGGCCUCUAUGCCAGAGAACUAUUCCAGAGUGAAGGACGUGUGCACUUUGCAGGAGAACACACAGCUCUACCUCAUGGAUGGAUAGAAACCUCCAUGAAAUCCGCUCUCAGAGCAGCUAAAAAUAUCAAUAGUCUCACAACUUAAAGGGAAAGACAACACCUUUAUUAUGUGCAUACCAGCGGAAAUAAUCUUGUUUAAUAAAUUGGGAAAAAAAACUUAAUUUCAUUUUUGUUAUUUGUAGCAGUGGAGAAAAACGUCAAUUAAAAUGAGUGUUUCUCAUAAGUGGUGGCGGAAGUUUUUAUAUCCCAGUUGUACUAUUUGAGUCAAUCAAAUCCAAAUAUCCCACAUUGUCUGCCAUCACUCAUUACAUCUGGAAAUGUUCGAUGCGCCGAUAUACAGAAUUGACACCGUUUACCUGUGAGUCAUCAUUUUAAUAAUAAUUUUUAAUGGAUUUCGUUCGAAAGAAAGAUAAGGAAAAUCCUUUGUCAGCCUGCCAUAGUGUUUGGCUUUCAGUAGUACAAUAAACCCCAAUACAUUUACAGAAGUAUAUAAAAAAAAAAAAAUCUUCAUAUUAGCGAUUGUCCAGAAAUAUUUUUGUGAUGUAUUGUAUGGUUACUGCAUUUUUUACUACACAAAUUAAGAAUAGAAUAUGUAUUUUUUUUAGAGCUCAAAACGUUAUAGCUCAGUCAACUAAAUAAAGACAUUUGACUGAUACAACCAUAGUUAUAAACUAGAUAAAUGGUUUGGGAUAACAGUGUUUGCAUUGUAUGAACAGGAAGGACACUUUUUGAGAAAAUGGCUUGCAAGAUGUAGGGACACCCAAACAGUGAAAUAGGCUUCAUCUUUCUCUAAGAAAAGAGAAAGACAGCAAAGAGUGUAUCCUGAUUUUUUUUUUAAAUGCUUCUUUAUACCUGUGUUCAAGUUUUCAAGAUACAGGUGCUCUCCAAACCUGCAUUUAACUACGUCACAGUCGUCACAUGAUCGCUGCGCUCGUAAGCGGUGUCAUGUUUUGCAUUAUAACAUAAUUUUCUCCAUUAACAGAAUUUCAAGAAAUAAGCAACUUGCAUACUUUCAGCCAAUGCGUUCCACAUGAAGGUCAUUCACGCUUUUAUCCUAGGUGUUGUCUUUCCUCAUGAGAGGAAAAAAUCAACAGCUAAACAAAUGUGUGUGUUUGGGUAGGGCUGUCAGUUUUAAUGCCUGUAAAGUUUUAAUAUUUAUAUUUUUAUACAACAUCCUGUUUGUUCUAAUUUAUAUACUGUACAACAGUAAUCAUUUUGACUAAGUGCUAUGGUUACUUAUGCUGUACGUAUGUGCUAUGGUUGAGAAGAUUAAGUUUAUGCAAAGAAUGAAUCAGUUUCACAAUCAACUUUUUUUUUGUGUUAAAAAAGGCUUAUUUGCAUUGUCAUAGAUUAUUGGAAUUUUUGUAUUACGUGAACACGAUAACUCAAUAUUCAUCAUUAUCGUUGACUUUUUGUCAACACUAGUAUUUGUAAUA